AUGAAAUGGUUUGAUUCGAAGCUCACGUGGGAUCCGGCAAAGUAUGGAGGUCUGAGGACCCUACAUAUACCAAGCGAUCUGAUUUGGACCCCAGAUUUGGUACUAUACAAUAAUGCUGCUGGAGAUCCAGAUAUAACGAUUCUCACGGACGCCCUGGUAACCCAUGACGGGCACGUCUUUUGGCAACCACCUGCUAUUUAUAAGUCAUUUUGCCCGGCAAGUAUCGAUGUAACAUGGUUCCCAUAUGAUUCGCAAAAAUGUGAAAUGAAGUUUGGUACAUGGACAUACACUGGUCGAUACGUGGACUUGAAACAGUUGCCGAAAGAAGAUGUUGUGACAGUUCAAAUGGAGGGCAAUGAUGUGGAAUAUAUGCAGCAAGGGAUGGACUUGAGCUUUUUCUACAGAUCAGCAGAAUGGGACUUACUGGCGCUCAGUUCACAGAGGCAUUCCGUAUUGUAUGCAUCGUGUUGCGGGCCAGAAAAAUACGUUGACAUAACAUAUUAUUUCGGUUUAAGGAGGAAAACAUUGUUUUUCACGUGUAAUCUCAUCAUUCCGUGCUUCCUCAUCUCCAUCCUCACAACUUUUGUGUUUUAUUUGUCGGAUCAUAAAAUAACGUUUUCUAUCAGCAUAUUGGUCACGCUGACUGUGUUCUUCUUGGUGCUAAUUGAUCUCAUGCCACCUACUUCUCUGGUUAUUCCUAUGUUCGGUCGAUAUUUGAUCACGACUAUGAUUCUUGUUGCGCUUUCUACUGUGGUCUCUGUAAUAACAGUGAACUUCCGAUUCCGAUCUGGAUCCGCUCACAAAAUGUCACCAUGGAUUCAAGCGGUCUUCCUCAACUUCCUUCCUAGAAUACUCUUCAUGUCUCGGCCUAAUAGAGUAGAUUCGUCGAAGCCUUCGUCAUCUCAAGUAGAUCCCACGCCACUCCUUGGUGGUCCAUACCGGGAGAACUGCAAGUUCAAUAAAUCGUUCAAUCUACCGAACAACGUUGCACCGAGAGUCGCAUUCCGAAAACCUAAGAAUUCCAAAAGACGUGUGGACGAUAUCAUAUUUGUCAAUUUACUCCAGCAAGUGCGUUUCAUCGCUGAGCAUUUUCAGCAGAACGAACGGGAAAGUGAGAUCUCUGAUGACUGGACGUUUGUCGCAAUGGUGUUGGAUCGGUUAUUUCUACUUAUAUUCUCAGUGCUCAAUGUGGGCACGAUGUUCAUCAUAUUAGAAGCCCCAUCACUCUAUGACUACUCCGACCCAAUGAACGUCACUGUUCCCAACAAACCACUUGGACAAGCAAACCUUUUUGGUAGUCACUCCAAGUGUUUAUGA